CAAACGCUGGAUAAAAGCAACCUUGAAAUUCUCCAUAACAAACACGACAAUAAUGAUCUGUUGAUGGCACUAAAUCACUAAUAAUAACUUUAAAUAGCUUACAUAUAAUCCUAUUAGCUAUAUUCUACGAUAUUACGAAGUACAAUAUAAAUACAUAGGUUUAAAUUCUGGCGAAUUGCAUCGAAGGUAGGCACGCCUGCGCUGUAUCGAUCCAAAAUUGACGGCCUCGUCUUGCCUGAACGGCAACAGCAGUGCCCAAGUACAUCUCAGUUCAAUGAAUUUACCGCGUUUAGAACAUGGAAAAUCGUCUCUUUAACAACAAUGCGUUGCUCUGGUCGAAAGUUCCUAAUUUGGUUGAGUUUAAUGUUCUUCUUUCUCCUGAUCGGUCGUCUCUUGAUCGAUCGUGGAUUCGAUUUACCGAUACUGGUGAUCGGUACUAGCGAUAUCUUAAUACCAAAGACUUAUUCAAGUUUUCAGCAAGAUGUACAGACUGGAGCACUUGCUUUCGUAGCCGGCAUGUACAUGGCAGGUCUGCAACCUAGGAACAGAAGUUUCUGCAGAUGGUAUCAUGGCCUGCCGAAUAUGCUCUCGUAUCCGGCAUCCAAAGUCACCUGGAGUCCCGAAAUCGGUGAGAAGAGCCCCUACAGAAUUCUACCGUUUGUAUUGCGCGGAACCGAGGAGAGGAACAAGCUGCCUCAGGUGACCCUCUGCACGCACGCCACUGCAGAUCAAGUCUAUGGAAUCGUGGAAUUAGCUCGGAGAUGGGAGGGUCCAUUAAGCCUGGCCGUUUUCACGCCUGGCCUCGACGCUGGUAUCGCCGUUGCUCUCCUCGAUCGGGCCUGUCGAUGCGAACCUGAAAUGUACAAGGUUUCUGUUCAUUUGGUAUUUCCGGCGAGUCGCCCACCAGCUUUAGGACAGAUUACUCGAAUUCAUGGUGACUGUGCGGCAUCCGAUCUUCAAAGAGGAGAUGGAGGGACAGAAAGGAAACGAAGAAGCAUGAUUUAUCCUAUUAACGUAGCCAGAAAUGUAGCCAGAAUUCAAGCAAACACGACUCGUGUUCUAGUAACUGAUAUCGAAUUAUUACCUAGCCAAAGAUUAGCAUCCGGUUUUAUGGAAAUUGUCCGGGAAAAAACACCAAAAGGCAGAAUCGUGUUCGUGGUACCAGUAUUUGAGAUAGAAUCAAAUGAAGUGCCACCAUUGACAAAAAAGGAAUUGCUUUCAGCAACGAAGGCUGGUCUAGCCGUUUAUUUUCACAGAUUUCUCUGUUCACAUUGUCAAAGGUUCCCUGGACUUAGUAGAUGGUUAAUUAGACCUGAUCCGGGUAAAGUGAAACCUCUUAUUAUUACGAAAAGGGAAUAUCCACAUCAUAGAUGGGAGCCUGUAUUCAUAGGAACGCAAAAUGAUCCCUUUUAUGCUGAAGAAAUGUCUUGGGAAGGCAGACAAGAUAAAAUGAGUCAGAUGUUCGAGAUGUGUCUUUUACACUAUCGACUAAUUAUACUUGAUGGUGCCUUUUUAGUCCAUACACCAGGUAUUAAACGAAAAACAAUAAAGAUUGACAAAGCAAAACGAGAAUUUUUAAAGCCUCACGAAAGAAAGAACGCUCGUAUCUAUCAACGUAUAAUUAGACGUUUAUUGAAACAAUAUCCUGUUAAUCGCAAAUGCGCACAAUAAUAUUUUUCGAUAAAGGAAAUCAGUAUUCAGAGUAAUCGCUUUUACUGUAGGAAUAAAGUAAACUUUUAAAGAUACACGGAGUAGCUAUAUAAAUGCUGUUUGUUUUCUAAUAGUGUUAUCUAUAUAAAUGAUACGUUGUAUCUAUACUACCAUCCAUUAUAAGAGAGUGUUUUUAUAUUUAUAAACCAGUAGAAAUUAACUGAAAAUAUGUGCCUAUUUAAAAUACAAAACAUAAAAAGUCUCGUA